AUGGUUCGUAACGGGCGCGGGACCACCGCCGCCGUCGUCGCCGCCGCGGGUGGCCUCGGCCUCUCCCUCGCCGCGCUCAGCCUCGGCGCCGUCCCACUGCUCGCCUCGCUGGGCGACCGCGCCUCCAACAAGCGCAAGCGCGGUUCGCCCCUGUCGCCAUCGCGUUGGUACGCCUCGCAGGACAGGGACGGGCGCGUGGGGGACGCGGUGGCCGACGUCUUGGCGCGCGUCGCCGACGGCGGGGUCGAGCCCAUGCUCCGCUGCGAGGUGUGGCCGCUGCUGCUGGGCCUGCGCGAUGCGAACGACACCGCCGUCGAGCAGGAGCAGGCGCGCAGGCGCCGACGGGAGCGCUACCGGCAGCUCCGUCGGCGGUGCGAGGAGCUGCACGAGAUGCUCUCGGGGCGGAGCGGCGCGGCCAUGGGCGCGAGCGGCGACGAGCCCCCCGCGGACCUCGGCACGUUCACGGAGACUCUACCGGUGAUACGCGCGGACGUCCCGCGCACGCCGUUCCGAACCGGCGCGUUUCAGUCGCACUGGGAAGCCGACCGCCUCGCCGAGUCCGCCUCGGAAGAUGACCUAACGAACCACUCGUCCACCCACCGGUCCACCGAACCACCCGCACCGACCGGCGGCGGAGGCGACGCGAACGGCGAGCUACCGCGGCUGGAGCCCGUCAAGUCCGUCCCGGCGACGCACCAACCCACGUGGCGCACCGCGCAGGCCGAUAGGCUGACAAACGUCCUCCAAUCCUACGCGCUCCUCGACCCCGCGGUUGGGUACUGCCAGGGGAUGAACGAGAUCGCCGCGCAUUUCCUGGACGCCAUUCCGGACGAGUCGGAAGCCUUCUGGUGCUUCGAGAAGUUCCUCCGGGGGUACCGGUGCCACUUCGUGAUGGGCGGGCACGUCGGCAGCCCCGGAGGCGGCGGAAGCGGCGGCGCGACCCCCGGAAGUACCUCGAAGGCUUCCGGAAGGGACGCAAACGAUAAACGACGCGGGAACAAACGAGGCUACCCGCGGGUAGCCCCGAGGAGGAGCGCGAACGUGCGCGACAGGCUCCACGAGCUCGGCGACGUCCUUCGGCGGUGCGACCCGCCGCUCUGGAAGCACGUGCAGCUCUUGGGGGCGCAGGAGUGCAUGUUCGCGUUUCGACAAAUCGUCGUGCUCAUGGCGAGGGAGCUGCCGCCGGCGGAGACGCUGUACCUGUGGGAGGCGCUGAUGGCGCGGGGCGACCACGUGGUCACGGAGGAGGACGAGGGCGAGGGCGAGGGCGAGGGCGAGGGCGAGGGUGAGGGUGAGGGUGAGGAGGGUGAUGGGAACGACGCGAAUGACGAGGGCGAGUUUGGCGCGGGCGACGGGAGACUGUUCGUGCACGUCGUCGCCGCGGCUUUUAUCCAGGCGAGGAACAUCGCGUUCGGAUGCCACGAGUUCGACCAGCUGUUGCACGCGUCGCAUCACGCGGUGGCGAACAAGACGCUCGCGGCGGCGCCGCUGCUGGCGACGGCGACGCGGCUCAUGGCCAAGGGGUAUCGCGCUCCCGGAAUGGCAUUCCCGACCAAGUGA